GCGACGCAACGCGCUCUCCCAGCCUCUGGCAGCUUGCGGAAUGGACGCAGCGAUUAGGGGUCCUUGUGAGAGACCUGGAGAAGAUGAAGAGCGGGACAAAGAGCGGGUGUCGGGCGCUGGGCGUGUGGCAGGGCUCAGGGAGGCCGAGGAGGGCCCGGAUUCGGACUCCGAUCUGGAGACAGCAGGCACCCCUGGGAGUGGAGAACUCGCCAGAGACACCCUCUACCUGAGGUCUUGCCGGGCCCAUGGCGUUGUGCCUGCUUCUUGCUUUCUGCGCCAAGGGAACACCCCAGAGCUGAACCUGCGGCACCGUGGCCUGGGGCCCCAGGGGGCCCGCGCCCUGGCUCCCACAUUGGCCUCCAUCCCUUACGUCAAGCGUCUGGAUCUUCGGGACAAUGGACUCCGUGGGGCCGGUGCAAAGGCCUUGGCAGGUGCCUUGAGCAAAACCAGUAGCAUCUGUGAUGUGGACCUGUCUGAGAACCAGCUGGGAGCAGCAGGGGCCCAGGCUCUCUGUGCCGGCCUCUCAGGGAACCAGAGUGUGCAGAAGCUGUGGCUGGCAGGAAACGGGCUGGAGGAGCAGGCGGCCCGGUAUCUUGCUGAGCUCCUGCUGGCCCACACAGGCCUGAAGUUCUUAGACCUCAGCUAUAACCAACUGAAUGAGCAAGCAGGGGAGACCCUUGCACCAGCUCUGGCAGAAAACACAGGACUCACUGAGCUUAACCUAAGCUGGAAUCACCUCCGAGGCCCGGGAGCCGUAGCAUUUGCCAGGGCACUAGAGGCAAACAUCUUCCUUAAAGUUCUGGAUGUCUCACACAAUGGCUUUGGGGACCCUGGAGCCUCUGCAGUGGGUGAGGCCCUCAAGACCAACAACGUGCUGGAGGAACUCAACAUGAGCAACAACCGCAUCUCUGCAGCUGGAGCCCAGAGCCUGGGCCUGGGCCUCCGGGUCAACCAGACCCUAAGGAUUCUUGUCGUGACCAGGAACCCUGUGCGCACGGAAGGCUGCUUCGGUCUUCUCAAGGCUGUCCGGGACAACCCUGCAUCUGCCCUUGAACUGCUGGACGUCUCUGAUGUCCAGGUGAACAGAGAGUUUGACGACCUCGCUGGCUCGCUGCGGGUCACCCUUCCAGGCCUUUGCAUCAAGACUGGUGCUCGCCGAGCGGAGCCUAAGAAGGAAUCGCCGCCCGGCUUCAGACCCUCCCUAUCAGCGUCCGUCCCCUAAGUGACUGUGCAGCGUGGCCUCAUUUCCUCCAAUCAGCCGCCUCCUGCUCCACGUGCAGGGUUCCUCCACCGCCCACACCCUACCCACACUUGUGUCAACAAAGAGACCCCCACCCACCCAACCCCGUCCACCGGGAGCUAAGCUCCCAGGCGUUCGCAGUCCCUGGGACACCGUACCCUCCUCUCUGCCCCGUGCCUCCUGGUGAUCGUCUGGGAUUUUGUUCGCUCUCAUUCACACAGCACAAACCCCUCCCACGUGCUGCACGUUGUGCUGGACACAGAACAGCGGACGCCCAAGGAAGCCUCUGUCCUCCUGGGGUCUGUGUCCUGACCAGCUGGGGAGACUGGAAAUCUCCAAGGAAGUGUGCAGCUAGCAUUUCCAAAUGCUACUUAAACAAAUGUGGACUGGUGUCGCUCCCCCUCUUCGCGGAGGAACGACACUAAACCCUGCCUAGGUUUCCUAUCUGAGUCACGGCACCAUUAUGCCUCCUAGGCUUCCUAUCCGAGUCACGGCACCAUUAUGUCGCUCCCCCUCUUCGUGGAGGAACGACACAGGACCCUGCGCUGUUCUUUUGUCUGCUCGGCCCUUCCCGGGUUUGCUGCUGGUUCUUCCUGGGUUGGCUGCCAUCCCUUCCACCUCCGUGGAAGGGCGGUUCCCCCUGCCACCUUCCCCACUUCCGCGGGGGAGCGGCACACCGCCAGCCGGCUCUCUCGGGGGCUGCUCAGAUGUUACCCGGAUGUUCCUGGUGCAUGUUGUCUCUCUCCUCCUUUAUAGUCCUCUUCCACCAAUCCCAACUCUGCUACCCACACGCCAAGUACGCUGCUCUCCUCCAAUCAGGAGUAGGUCCUGCUGCUUAUUGGUUGAACUGGAGGCAGCUGCGUAGAAGCUGUUUACUCCUCUCCCAGCGCCAUAUUGUGGGAGAGCAGAUGCAUAGAAUAAGUCUUAAUUCGAGUAACUUAGUCUAGUCCGAGUUGCUCCCCACAGACUGGCACAACCCUUUAGGGAGGCAAUCAGUCAUGAUUCACUGAAAGCCCAGGGGCUGGUGUUGCGGCACAGUGGGUUAAGCCACCACUUACGUAUGGCAUCCCAUGUCGGAGUGCUGCUCCCCAUCCAGCCCCUUGCUAAUGCACCUGGGAAGGCAGCAGGAGAUGGCCCUAGUACUUGGGCCCCUGCCAGCCAUGUGGGAGACGCAGGAGGAGUUCCAGGCUCAUGAUGGCUGUGGACAUUUGGGGAGUGAACCAGCAGAUGGAAGACUUCUUUGUCUCUCUCACUAUGCCUUUCAAAUGAAUCAAGUAAAUACAUUUUUUAAACUUCUAUUUGGUUAAUCCUCUGCCUGCGGCACCAGCAUCCCAUAUGGGCGCCAGGUUCUAGUCCUGGUUGCUCCUCUUACAGUCCAGCCUUCUGCUGUGGCCCGGGAAGGCAGUGGAGGAUGGCCCAAGUGCUUAGGCCCUGCACCCAUGUGGGAGACCAGGAAGAAGCACCUGGCUCCUGGCUUCGGAUUGGCGCAGCGGGCCAGCCGCAAUGCCCAGCUGUAGCAGCCAUUUGGGAGGUAAACCAAAAGAAAGGAAGACCUUUCUCUCUCUCUCUCUCUCUCUCUUUCUCUCUCUGUCAAAAAAAAAAAAAAAAAAAAAAAAAAAAAAAAAAAAAAAAAAAAAGAAAGUUCUAUUGUGGAUUCAAAAGGCUUCCAUAGCCUAGGCAGCUCAUGUCAGGAGCCAGACGUCAUACGUAAGAGUGUUAAUUGUUAAACACCAGGAGUCACUGUGCACUGUUCACUGUAAAACUUGUUCUCAAACAGUUUUUUGUGUGUGUGCAUGUGUGUGCAAAUUAUUCAAAUCUUUACUUAAUAUAGAGUUGGUCUUCUGUGUACAAAGUUAAUCGAAAAUGAAUCUUAAGGAGAAUGGGACUGGGAAGGAGAGAAGGGGGAGGAGAAGGGGUGGAGUGUAGGUGGGAGGGGGGGUAUGGUGGGAAGAAUAACUAUAGUCCUAAUGUUGUCCUUAUGAAAUUUGUGUUCCUUAAAAAAUAAAUUAAAAAAAGUUCCAAAAUUGACUAUGGUGAUGGCUCUACAGUUCUGUGGUGCAUAUAGUAAAAGCAAUGGAACUGUAUACUUUAAAUGAACAAAUAGUACAGUAUGUAAAUUGUAUUCCAAUAAAGCCGCAUUUCAAAGGGAAAGACUGGAGUUGGGUGUUUGACAAAGCAGUUAUAAUAUCCAUGUCCCGUAUAGGAGUGCCUGUUUUUGUUUUUGUUUUUGUUUUUGUUUUAAAGACUUAUUCAUUUGAAAGUCAGAGUUACACACAGAGAGAAGGAGAGACUUCUUCCGGGUCUCCCAUGUGGGUGCAGAGGCCCCAGGACUUGGGCCAUCCUCUACUGCACUCCCGGGCC